AAAAAAUAGCAUAAAUUUUGUCUUUAAAAAGUAACUAAAAAUGCUGACAGUCCGAAAAUUUUGCCAAAAACUACACCUGUUCUUUCAAGAACACUAUCCGUACAUUUGGUUCAUGUCCGUGUUUACGGUGGUGCUCAUCGGCUUCCUACACUAUGAACUGAAGCACAACAGUCGCGAUCUCAUCUACUGGAAGGAUCUGCUCGAUUUCUGCUACAAUGAACUGGAACACUUCGCUCUCAUACUCAUUAUGAUCAUUGUGCUCAUCAAGGUCCUCUUCCUGGCUUUCAUCAUUGUCAUGAAUUCACGUUCGUUCACAUGGUUCGACGAGCUGUCGCAGCUGGAGGUGAAGAAGCGCUAUGCCGACUUUCUUUUCAUACGCCUGAUUGCCGAUAUUGACAAAAUUGAAACGAAGUACUUACGCAGCGCCAAAGAGAAUGAAAUCGCCUCGCUAAAGAGCUUCAUACUGGCCCAUGAGGACAUGCGCAAGACUAUCGAUAACUUCCGUAAGGACGCGCGAAAAUUAUUGACACCAAAUGAGAUCGAAGUAUCGCUGCCAAUUGAGGAGGUCUAUGGCCUCAUGGACGAAGAGGAGCGGUUAAUGCGGCGUUCUCGUUUCUAUCAUAUGGACAUCUCGGCAGAUGAUGAGUUAAUCAAGUCGCUGGUGAAUCCGUAACUCAAUAUUUGUCAAGUUUUCUUACUUUCGGGUUGCUUUGCCAUUCGGGGCUGCACAUAUAUUUAUACGUUGUACAAACUACAUUAGAAUAUAACCAUUUUGUAAGAUGCGAUUGAUUAAGUAUGAGCCUAUGUAACACUUAUUUGGUUGAGCCUUCAUUCGGAUGUGUGAACUAAGCAAAGGAUCUCAUCAGUUAACGCUCCAAGCGCUUAAUGUACUCAAUGAAAGAUCACGGUAAAAUUUCCAUUAUUAUUUCAACGCGGCACAGAUUUUUAUUGAGAAAUGUUUAAU